GUAAACUGUACAAGCUUCUCAGUUCUCUAUCACGUAUAUUUGCCAUCUCUUCACAUUGUAAGAUACAAAAUAAAUAUUGUCUGUUUAUUGCAAUAAAUAUAAAUGGAAGGUAAAAAAUAUUUUAUUUCAGCUCUGACUGCCGAUGCUUCUAUUUAAACUUAUUUAAAUUUUUAAUCUUAAUUAUAUUCUGUCAAACAAAUAUUUAGUAAUAUUUUGUUCCACCAUUUUAAAACUUUAAUAAAAUUCUAAAAUAUAUACACAACUUCGAUAUGAAAAAUAUCUGUUUUAAAUUUCUUCUUCUGGAAUGUGCGAAAAAGACUUCCAUUUCGACCAGCAUGAUGACUUUAAGGAAGGAAUAAUUCAAAAUGGCACCCAAUCAUCUCAUAUCAACAGUAUGUUUGAAAAAUUCAACACUUCCUACCUUCAAUUCACCUACCCCUAGAUAACUAGCCACUAAAACAAAUUCACAUACCCAUAUCCUUUAAAAAAUUAAUUAUUAAUAAAAUUUGAAAACUUCAAUUUAAAAUUUAUUGCAACCUUUUAUUAAAUUUUUUUAUGUUAUAAUCAACGUAGAUAUUUGAGUGAAAGAAAAUGAAACUUUGUUGAAUAGUGAUUAAUUUAAAAUAAUUUUUUUAACAUAUUAAUAUAACUAUUAAUGUGAACUACAUGAAAAUGGAAACCUACUGACAAUACUUUGAUAGUAAUGGUUCUUGUGCUUUCCAACUUAUGUUAGACUGGUAGACUAACAUGACCAAUAAUGAUAGUCUAUAAAAGGAUAAUGAUAUGUUUUGAAAUGAUAAUAUGUCUUUACCAUGGUACCAUAAUUUUUAGUACCACACAACACCUUCUCAAAGCUUAUAAUGAGGAGACACACUCUCUUGUUGCUUUUCUUGAUACCAUUUUACUUAAUAAACUGUGGUGUCAACAUUUUUCCAGCAAAUGGUUAUUUUCUUGGCCAUCAGUGUUCUGUGUUGCUCCAUUUAAAAAGUAGCCUUAUAUUUAACCCUGCAGUAUCCAAAAAGCUUACUCUUUGGAACCAAAAUGAAGAUUGUUGUGAAUGGCAUGGAGUGACAUGCAACGAGGGUCGUGUUAUAGCCCUUGAUCUCAGUGAAGAGUCUAUCUCAGGAGGAUUUGUUAAUUCAAGCAUUCUUUUCAACCUUCAAUAUCUACAAAGCUUGAAUUUGGCUUUUAAUAACUUAAGUUCAGUGAUUCCUUCAGAACUGUACAAGUUAAGUGAUUUGAGGUAUUUGAACUUGUCUAAUGCUGGAUUUGAGGGGCAGAUUCCACAUGAGAUUUCUCAACUCAGAAGGUUAGUUACUCUUGAUUUUUCUUCCUCAUUUACCUCAAGCCACAGGCUAAAACUUGAGAAGCCAAAUCUAGAAAUGCUUUUACUACCAAACCUUACAAAUAUCACAGAAUUGUAUCUUGAUGGUGUAUCAAUAUCUGUCAAAGGUCAUGAAUGGUCCCAUGCUUUAUCUUCAUUGCACAAGCUACGUGUUUUGAGCAUGUCAUCAUGCAAUCUCCCUGGACCUAUUGAUUCAUCACUUUCUAAGCUUCAGUCACUCACUGUUCUAAACUUUAGCCACAAUAAUAUGUCAAGCACAGUGCCGGAAUCCCUUGCAAAAUUGUCUAAGUUAGUCAAAUUGCAGCUCAGAAAUUGUGUUUUGAAUGGCUCAUUUCCAAAAGAUAUCUUCCAAAUUCCAACUUUGGCAAUCCUUGACAUAUCAGACAAUGAAGGUCUUAGGGGUUCUUUACCAAACUUCCGAUCACGUGGUUCUCUUUAUGACAUGAAUCUUAGCAAUACAAAUUUCUCAGGAUUGCUUCCAUGUGAGAUUUCUAAUCUGAAGCAGUUGUCUAGAAUUGAUUUAUCUAACUGCCAAUUUAAUGGAACACUUCCAAGUUCAAUCUCUGAACUCACCCAACUUGUUUAUCUAGACUUGUCUUACAAUAACUUCACAGGUUCACUCCCUUCUUUUAAUAUGUCCAAGAAUCUCACAUAUUUAUCCCUCUAUCAUAAUCAUUUGACUGGUGUGUUAUCACCCAAUCAUUUUGAGGUUCAUAAAAAUCUUAUCAGCAUUGAUUUAGGAUUUAACUUUUUCAGUGGGAAACUCCCCUCAUCUCUUCUUAAACUCCCAUGUCUGAGAGAACUUAAAGUACCUUUUAAUCAAUUCAACGGUUCCUUGGAUGAGUUUGUUUUUGCCUCCCGUUUAUUAGAGAUGCUUGAUUUAGGUAACAACAACUUCCAUGGUACAAUUCCUGCCUCUAUUUUUCACACUACAACACUUCGCCUUAUCCAACUGAAUGGAAAUAAGCUCAAUGGCACAAUACAAUUGGAUAUGAUUCGAAAGCUUAGUAACUUAACUUCAUUAGGUCUCUCAGGUAACAAUUUGUCAGUUGAUAUAAACUAUAGGGAUGUUCAUGACCUGUCAAACUAUCCUAAUCUCAGAAUUCUGAUGUUGUCAUCUUGCAAGUUGAGAGGAAUCCCCAGUUUCUUAAGAAAUCAAUCCACACUACUACGUCUUGAUCUAGCUGACAACGAGAUCGAGGGCUCAAUACCACACUGGAUCUGGGAAAAUGAAUAUCUUGCUCACUUUAAUCUUUCCAAAAAUUUUCUGACAAGUUUUGAAGGAAGUUUCUGGAACCUUAGUUCAAACCUUUUGCUCUUGGAUCUUAGUUUCAAUCAACUACAAGGGUCUAUUCCUUUCAUUCCAACGUUAGUAAAUUGCUUGGACUAUUCAAACAAUAGAUUCAACUCUGUCAUUCCACUGGACAUUGGAAAUCGUCUUCCUUUCAUAAAUUUGUUGUCUUUUUCAAACAACAGCUUUCAGGGACAAAUCCCUGAAUCCUUUUGCAAUGCUUCAAGUCUUCACCUGCUAGAUCUUUCCCACAAUAACUUUGUUGGGACGAUUCCCGAGUGUUUUGCUACGAUGAGUAGUCUAAGAGUGUUGAAUUUUGGUGCAAACAAACUCCGUGGCUAUAUUCCUAAUUCAGUGCCAACUUCAUGUAAUCUAAAGUUGUUGGAUCUAAAUGACAACCUUUUGGAGGGUAUCAUCCCAAAAUCUUUAGCUAAUUGCCAAAAUCUGCAAGUCCUAAACCUUCAAAAAAACUCAUUAACUGACAGAUUUCCAUGCUUCUUAAGUAAUAUUUCCACCUUGAGAAUUAUGGAUUUAGGGUUAAACAAACUUCAUGGCUCAAUUGGAUGCCCGAGAAGCAGUGCUGAUUGGAAAAUGCUCCAUAUUGUUGAUCUAGCCUCCAAUAAUUUCAGUGGUGAAAUACCAGGAGCACUGCUAAACAGUUGGAAAGCAAUGAUGCGAGAUGAUAAUGGUGUGUCCGAAUUUGGCCACUUAUUUAUUGAUCUCUAUGAUCACUACGACCCCAAGAAUUUUCAGGAUUUAUUGUCAAGUGUGGACAAAUCUCUAUUAGCAAGAAUAGCUAAACUUUUUACAAACGCCUCUCGCUCUAUCCUUGACCAGUCAUCCACUGAAUCUUAUAAUGCAGUGGAUAUUUCUCGACUUCAGAAUUCAAUUACCAUUACCAACAAAGGUAAGCAAAUGGAGUUGGUCAGAAUCCAAAAGAUAUUCACGUACUUGGAUAUGUCGAGCAACAAUUUUGAGGGUCCAAUACCAAAUGAGCUAAUGCAGUUCAAGGCCUUGAAUGCUCUAAAUUUGUCAAAUAAUGCCCUCUCCGGUCACAUCCCAUCAUCUAUUGGAAAUUUGAAGAAUCUUGAGUCUUUAGAUUUGUCAGAAAAUUCUUUUGAUGGGCUAAUUCCAACAGAGCUUGCAAGUCUAUCUUUCCUUGCAUAUUUGAAUCUCUCGUUUAAUGAACUAGUGGGAGAAAUUCCAAAGGGUACACAAAUUCAAUCCUUCGAUGCAGAUUCCUUUGAAGGGAACGAAGAGUUAUGUGGAGUUCCUCUGAUCCAUAGUUGCAGCAAUGAUGAAGGGACAUCACCUGAAACACCAAAUGCUCAUUCCCACAGUGAGAGUUCAAUUGAUUGGAAUAUUUUAAGUGCCGAGUUGGGAUGUAUUUUUGGCUUUGGAAUUUUCAUCCUCCCUCUUAUUUUCUCGAGGAGAUGGAAGUUAUGGUAUUCCGAACAUGUAGAUGAGAUGCUCCACAAGAUCAUUCCCCCACUUGAAUUUAUGUAUGAACACAGUGGAGGGAAUAGAUACAAAACUCUAAGGUGGAAGAACUGAAGGUAAGCCUUUACUCAUUUAGCUUCUGCAACAGGGAAAGCUUGUGCUUCUGUAUUUCACCCUUCAGCAAUAUUUAGUUUCACUCACUGUUGUUAGAAAUGAGGAUGCUUCUCGUGCCCAUAUUAUUGUUCGUCUUACAAUCUUCUAUUUUCUUUUCCUUGUUGUAGGACCAAAUAAUUUCUGUAAAUGGUGCUAAAAAGAAUUUGAACUACCAUGCCUCUUAAAAGUCUUGACUUUUAUUGGAGAUUGAUUCCAUCACUUGUUUCUCUCUUUCCAUUAUUGGGUUGUUGGCUUCUGUUUCGGGUGUUCAUUGUAACAUCCCAAAAAUACAGUGAUAAAACCAUAUAAUAGAAUUGAUUACAUUUAAUAAUAAUUCAGUUCAGUCUUACACUAAAAUAACGCACGACUAUGGCCGAACGACCUUACAUGAAGAUAUACAACUUAAUCUGUACCAGAUAAGAGAAAAACAUGAACGAACAGUUUACAAAAGCUACAUACCGAACGCUUAUUUUGAAACAAAAGAGAGGAGGUGACCGAACGAUCACCUCACAACAAAACUAAUAUAAACUAGCCGAACAUUCCUAUUGCUCGGUCUUCACUUCCACUUCUAUUAAAUUUUCUUCUUCUAGCGCAUCCUCCAACAGCGCAUCUCCAUCUGCUCACAUCCACAUGGAUGAUCAUUGCAACAUCAAGACGGACGUACAAGGACGAGACAACACAAGGAAAACGCAGGAUAAGCUUAUGUAAUUUAAUUCAAGUAUAAACAUACACUUCAAACAAUCAAACGUACAAGUUAAAAUUUAACAUGCAUAACAUAUACAUCCUAUCACUAGACUGACUGUCCGGAUUGUAUGAAUUCUGUGUAGCUACGACGUUUGUGCACCCGGGUGAUGUAGUAACUUAAUUCUCAUCAGCUGCCACCCGAGGUUAGUCUGUUUCGUCCAAAGUACCCCUAAGGACUAGGACCUCCUGCCAUUCCCACACAUGAACUACUCUCCUCUACGUGAGGACGAGUACUCACGGAACAUCAGGAUGAACCGCCAGCUAAGCAUUUCCACAUUCAUACUUUACAAAUUUCAAUAUUCAACCAAGAGUUGUUCCUCCCCGGAACGCUCAUCCAAAAUUCACAAACUUUCUUUCAUCUCUUAUACUCUUCAUCUUUUAAUCUUAUUCAUUUUAAAGUCAUUUUUACCAUAAGUUCUAAAAACAUAAAAUACCGAACGUUCAGCCCUCUUCAGAACGAGGACGAACGCUAGGAACGAGACCGAGAAGUUGUUUGUUCCAUAUUAGAAUAAGACUGAGGGAUUACUAUGCGAUGUAGGAAUAAAUCGAGUACACUUUUUACCAUAUGGAACGAACGUUACUUACAAUCAUGAAUCAGUUAAAUGAACUGACUCUCGUGAAUUCCAACCAAGACUUAAAGAAUAUAACACGUAUGUGGAUCCUAGGUAGGAGAAAAAUAUAUAAACACAUCAAGACGUUAAAGUAUUAUACUUAAAAUAUUUCAUACACGGAAACCUAAUGUCAGUCAAUGACCGAACAUGGUAUGGGAAAAUUCUAUUGAAGUUGGACGAACGUUAAUGUCAUCAAGAGAUGUCAUUCCCUAACAGAGAUCGAGCGCUUAGUGUAAGACCUAGCGUCAUUCGUUAAAAGGACUUGGAGUGAGGUCGAGCAGUACUAAACUUGAAACAAAAGAUUAAUAAAUAAGGUACUAGCGGAGGUGUGUUUAAGAAUGAUUAAUAUAUACAAAUACAUAUAUUUACAAGAUUUUGAGUUUAUUUAUGGAUACGCGGAUGCAACUACACUUGGCCGAACGCUCAAGCACGGUAUUUUCACAAGGAGACGCUCGUCCUCAACUAGGAUUCUUUCCAAAUGAAAGAAUCCAAUUUCACAUACUAUUACUAGAAACACCGAACGGUUAAGGACCGUUCAAUGACGAACGUACAUUAUCAUAGUGGAAUUUCAUACUUAGAUUUUCAGUUAUCUUCAACUCAUUUUUCAAUAUAUUCUUUUCAUAACCUUAUAAUAUCACAUUCAACAUCAAUUUACAUACUUUAAAAAUCCAUAUCAUGUUAAUAAAUCAUACUCCAAAGAAAUAAUCAUAUUCACAUUCAUACAUUCUAACAUCUCAACCAACAUAAAUCAUAAUCAUUUAAUCCAGAUAACGAUCGUUCAUACAACAAAAUCAUCAGACAAAUUAAAUUAAAUAAGCUUCUCUUAUCUGAAUACGUGAUUGAACGUCCUAAAGGUAUGUUUUGGGGUUCGCCCGGAUAAAAUCUUUCUAUCCUCAAUGAUCAAUAACUUCUUCAAACUAACCAAACAACAUGAAACCAAAAAUAACUUAGAGUACACGCCCGCAUGCAACCAGAACUUGGUUUGCAUGUAACAGAAGACGAACGACUACGGACAGAUACACUUACCCGCUCAAACUUGAAACUCGUUCGGUUCAAGAUGAAGCUUGAGAUGCUGGAAGUGUUCCUACGGUUUCUGAAUGAUGAUCGGAGAAGAAAAAGUUUAGUUCAGGUAGAGAGAAGGGAGAAGUUCUAGAGAGAAGGAGGAGAAAUGGAAGAUCAUAGUUUUGGAGAAGAAGGAGCAUGCAACGAGAGUGUGACGUAAAUUUCAAAAACUCAUUUUUACUUAAAACGAACGUCCGCUCCGUUGUUGACAUCUGCUUUCCACUAUCUGAUUUUCGGAUCUUCGAGGCUUGUCACCUGGCGUCCGUUCAGAGGGGUUUUGGGUGCGUUUUAAUGAGAUCUGACAGGUGGGGUUUUGGGUGCGUUUUAAUGAGAUCUGACAGGUGGGGUUUUGGGUGCGUUUUAAUGAGGUCUGACAUUCAUGGAAUUUAGCCAAAUAUUGGGUUGGAAAAACGUAGAGAAAUUUGGAAAAAAAAUUAUGUGGAUCCUUGUAACUGUUGAAACUGGAAACUGGUUUGGUAUGAAUGCUACUUGGGUUUUUUUAUUAAAUGGCAUCUACUUUCGGUAAAAGUAGAAGGGACCUGCUUUAGAUAGAGAUAUAUUGAUCUUGAGUCACACGUUAUUUAAUGUCGUUAUCUAAGAUAUUUAUUACAAUAACAUCCGUUUUGAAUAAGAAAUAAAUAUUAAUUGGUCUUUUAUGUUGAUUUUAUUUA